UUUCUAUGGCGCCGCCCUCAUUACGGUGACGUGGCCCUCUAGUCGAAAGCGACAGGACUGGAAACCUGCGACCGCAUCACACAUCAGAAAGGCUAACUGAGUCUGCAACGAACUCAAUUACACAUCAGCGAGAAAUAACAAUGGUGACUGACGUGCAGCUGGCCAUCUUUGCCAACAUGUUGGGUGUGUCUCUGUUCCUGCUGGUGGUCCUAUAUCACUACGUAGCCGUCAACAACCCCAAGAAACAGGAGUAGACCUGACCUGGAGAGGAGGAUGGCUUCCUGAAAUUCCCCCAAGCGGCUGAUUGGUCGGACACAUCGACGAUAAGAGAGCUGACCCCGCCCUCUCGUCAGGAUACAGCUGGAUACAGGAUACCCCAUUAGACUCCUUCUAUAUAAGCCAGUGUUCUGUUGUUGUAUUUUGUAGCAGUCCUGCGGAAGUAUGUUAAUGUCCAAAGGACUGUUCAUUAUUGAACUUGUUUGUACUUUUCUGUUUCAUUUGUUCCCAGGGGGGGGAAGGGAAGGCACCUAGGGAGUGCUUAGGCAUUACCACCAGGUCAUUAUAACCACACCCACCGGGCCUAGACAUCUAGUGGACCAUACAUAUACCCGUAGUAUAUUCACUGUCUAGGCACACUAGGUAAGACCUGGGCGGACCACCCCCUGUAUUUUGUUUAGCGCACCAGGUGGUGCUAAGUUAAGUAAGUAGUGGGUAGGCAGGUAAGGUAGGAGAGGGGGCUUUGAUAUUUACUUUCUUUGCUUUGGUUCCGUCCAGCCCCUUUUCCCUAAAAUUACCGUGUGACGGAAUAAAUUCGUUGUAAAAGGUACAA